UCCAUCGUCAAAGCAAUUAGCUUGGAGAUCUAUAGCAACAUGAAACUUUUCCUAGCGUGCAUCUUUAUUGCCGCCGCGACGGCUGCAGUGAUUCCUGUCGAACAAGCCAGGCACCGUCGUGACGUCUCCGAGCUCGUGAACGAGUACAUCCCGCCGGCGGAGGAAGUUGGCGCCGAGCUGGCCCAAGACCCCGCCGCCCUGGGAGAAGAUGGCUACCGCUACAAGACCGUGCGCAGGCUGAAGCUCCGCCACCGCCGUGAUGUCUCCGAGAUCGCCAACGAUUACCUGCCCCCCACCGAGGAGGUUGUGGCCGAUGCCCCCGUCGAGGAGGCUCCAGUUGAGGAAGCCAGCCAGGACUCCGCUGUCCUCUCCGCCGAUGGAUACAAGUACAAGACCGUCCGCCGCCUGAAGUACCGCCAACGCCGUGAUGUGUCCGAGAUCGCCAACGAGUACCUGCCCCCUUCGGAGGAGGUCGUCACCGAGACCCCUAUUGAGGAAGCUCCAGUUGAGGAGGCCUCUCAGGAUUCUGCUGUCCUUGCUGCCGAUGGUUACCAGUACAAGACUGUGCGUCGCCUAAAGUACCGCCAGCGUCGGGAUGUUUCUGAGAUCGCCAAUGAAUAUCUGCCACCUACUGAAGAGGUUGUUGCUGAUGCCCCAGUUGAGGAGGUUCCAGUUGAAGAAGCUAGCCAGGAUUCCGCAGUCCUUUCCGCCGAUGGAUACAAAUACAAGACCGUCCGCCGCCUGAAGUACCGUCAACGUCGUGAUGUCUCUGAGAUCGCCAAUGAAUAUCUGCCCCCCACUGAGGAGGUUGUUGCUGAUGCUCCAGUUGAGGAAGUCCCAGUUGAAGAAGCUAGCCCGGAUUCUGCUGUUCUUGCCGCUGACGGUUAUCAAUACAAAACUGUUCGUCGCCUGAAGUACCGCCAACGUCGUGAUGUUUCUGAGAACGCUGGUGAAUAUCUGCCACCCACUGAAGAGGUGGUUGCUGAUGCCCCAGUUGAGGAGGUUCCUAUUGUGGAAGCUAGCCAGGAUUCCGCCGUUCUCUCCGCCGAUGGGUACAAGUACAAGACUGUGCGUCGCCUGAAGUACCGCCAACGCCGUGACGUUUCCGAGAUCGCCAACGACUAUCUGCCUCCUAGUGAGGAAAUUGUUGCUGAUGCCCCGGUUGAAGAAGUUCCGGUUGCGGAAGCUUCUCAGGAUUCGGCUGUUCUUUCUGCUGAUGGAUACAAGUACAAGACCGUCCGCCGCCUGAAGUACCGUCAACGUCGUGACGUUUCUGAGAUCGCCAACGAGUACCUUCCCCCUUCGGAGGAGGUCGUCACCGAAGCCCCCAUUGAGGAAGCUCCAGUUGAAGAGGCCUCUCAGGAUUCCGCUGUCCUUGCUGCCGAUGGAUACCAGUACAAAACCGUGCGUCGUCUUAAGUACCGUCAGCGUCGGGAUGUGUCUGAGAUCGCCAACGAAUAUCUGCCUCCCACUGAGGAAGUUGUUGCUGAUGCGCCAGUUGAGGAGGUUCCUAUUGUGGAAGCUAGCCAGGAUUCCGCUGUCCUUUCCGCCGAUGGAUACAAGUACAAGACCGUCCGUCGUUUGAAGUACCGCCAGCGACGUGACGUUUCCGAGAUCGCCAAUGAAUAUCUGCCCCCUACUGAGGACGCCGCCACCGAAGCCCCCAUUGAGGAAGCUCCAGUUGAGGAAGCUUCUCAGGAUUCCGCUGUCCUUGCUGCCGAUGGAUACCAGUACAAGACCGUGCGUCGUCUUAAAUACCGCCAGCGUCGGGAUGUGUCCGAGAUCGCCAACGAAUAUCUGCCUCCCACUGAGGAAGUUGUUGCUGAUGCGCCAGUUGAGGAAGUCCCAGUCGAAGAAGCUAGCCAGGAUUCCGCUGUCCUUUCCGCUGAUGGCUACAAGUACAAGACUGUCCGCCGCCUGAAGUACCGCCAGCGCCGUGAUGUUUCUGAGAUCGCCAACGAGUACCUGCCUCCCACUGAGGAAGUUGUGGCUGAUGCUCCAGUUGAGGAAGUCCCAGUCGAAGAAGCUUCCCAGGAUUCCGCUGUCCUUGCUGCCGAUGGAUACCAGUACAAGACCGUGCGUCGUCUUAAAUACCGCCAGCGUCGGGAUGUUUCCGAGAUCGCCAACGAGUACCUGCCCCCUUCGGAGGAGGUCGUCACCGAGGCUCCCUUGGAGGAGGCUCCCGUUGAGGAAGCUUCUCAGGACUCCGCUGUCCUUGCUGCUGAUGGUUACCAGUACAAGACCGUGCGUCGCCUGAAGUACCGCCAGCGCCGCGAUGUGUCCGAGAUUGCCAGCGACUACCUGCCGCCCACCGAGGAGGAGGUGGCUGCUGAUGCGCCCGUCGAGGAAGUGUCCCAGGACUCCGCCGUCCUCGGCGACGAGGGCUACCGGUACAAGACCGUGCGCCGCCUGAAGCUGCGUCACCGCCGCGCCCUGUAAGCUUGAAUUCCAACGUCUAUACCUGUACCUGAACUGCUCGUUCGCGACUAGAAGCACUCACCCCCACCAACCACUACUAGGCCGUAAGUUUUGCUAUUAUUUAACGAUUGAAAUCAACGAAUAAAUCCAACGAAAAUUGUUAUACCA